AUGGAAGAUCGCUAUAUUGUUGAUGAUAUCACUGCUGUCAAGAAUAAGGAAUAUUUUUUGGUGAAAUGGGAGGGAUUCACAAAAGAAACUUGGGAACCACGCGAGAAUCUGGAUCACUGUGAAGAGAAACUUGCUCGCUUCUAUGAAAUAAUGCGUGAUUCCAAUCUCGACAAGGACUGGCAAUUACAGAGACAUUUAACAAAAGAUGGAACAGAAUUCGAGACGCGAAUGCACCGAGCAUAUCAUGAGAGUAAAUUAUUCGACAGCGCUGCAUAUGAUAACUGCAUAUUGAAGAAAGGUGUCAGCGAACAGCAGAAACGUGAUGCUGGAAAACGGAUUGAAGAGAUACAGUGGAUAGAUUUGAAUGUUAAAAGAAGAAAAUAA